AUUGCAAGAUGGCGGACACUUUGAGGCAGCAAAAUGUUAAUUUUGAAGAAAUAUACAGUUUUUAAUGUGUUUCUUGCUUUUUUAUAUACAAAAUGCCGUUUAUUAUGAUGUGUGGCUUUCCUGCUUCAGGAAAAACAACCAGAUGUCAUGAUUUGGAGAAAUAUUUUUCACUGAAACGUGGUAGAGUUGUUAAAGUCGUUAAUGAUGACUUGCUUGAGUUGGAUAAAAACUUAGUGUACUCAUCUUCGAGCAACGAAAAGUCAGCCAGAUGUUCCCUAAAGUCCGCCGUUGAAAGGUUUAUGUCGAGAGAUGUUGUCGUGAUUCUAGACUCGUUAAAUUAUAUCAAAGGUUACAGAUAUGAAUUAUAUUGCUCGGCAAAGGCGCACAAAACACCACAUUGUGUGGUGUAUUGCGAAAGCUCCAAAGAAAAAUGUGUUGAGUGGAAUAAACAACGAGAAAAUAAAUAUGAAGAUAAAUUAAUGGAUGAAUUAAUGAUGCGGUUUGAGCCACCCGAUUCAAAAAAUCGUUGGGAUUCUCCACUUUUUACAGUUCAGGUUAAGGAUGUUUUACCAAUGGAUGCAAUAUAUGACGCUGUCAUUAACAGAAUUCCUCCGCCACCAAACCAAGCCACUGAAUGUCAACCGUUGUCAGCGACAAGUUUCCUCUCUGAUUUGGACAAGAAGACGCAAGAUGUCAUAAAUAAGAUACUUACUGCGCAGAAGACUAAUUUACCAGGAGAGGUCAUAAUCAUUCCAGGAGCUAGCAAUAAGGUGUGUUUUCAACGUCACGUGAACAUGUCAGAGUUACGUCGAUUACGUAAACAAUUCAUUACUUAUUCCAAGAUGCAUCCAGUUGAAGAUACCAAUAAAGUCACCAACAUGUUUAUAGAUUAUCUAAACAGCACUGUAACAUGAACAAAGAUAAGUAUACAUUAUCACGUGUAAGAAAAGUACUUUGUCACGUGGUUCACGUGCGCAAUUACCUCGCAAACAUUCCGGAAGUUUUACUCGGGAGAAAAUUUACGCACUGAAAUGUCAUCCAAUGAAUUGACUCCGUCGUGUGUGUUUGAGGGUCUCGUUAUGGCUUUUUAUGUUUGUACAUGUCAAUAUUAUAAAAUGAUUGGAAAAUUUUGUGAUUAACAAUUUUUAUGGAUGAA